GUAGCAUAUCGCUUAUUCUUCAGUUAUUCGUACAGUAAAGCUGACGAGAUCUAUCGUGUUUUUUCAAAAUGUUUAAAUUGUGCGUCGUUCUCGCCUUCAUUGUUGCGACAUGUCACGGCGGAACUCUAGAGCGUACCUCCUCAACAUGUGGACAAAUACCCAGGGAAUUAACCGCAUGCCUAGACCUGCAGCCAGCUGUCAGUCCCGAGAUUCAGGAGAAAUGCAGAAGGGCAAAUGAGUGUGAAAGAUUGACGUGCGUAUUCCGGGAAUACAACUUGUUGGACGGAGCAGAAGUUAACAAGGAGAGGACGGCAGCAUUCUUGGACAACUUUGUGAAGCAGUACCCGAGUUGGGAGGUUGCUAUCGAUGUUGCGAAGACCUCCUGUCUGCGCUCCAGUGGCUUGAAGCCACAGGGAGUCUUCCUCGACUGCCCGGCUUAUGACAUCAUACAGUGUGUGUUCGCGAACUUAGUCAAGAACGCCCUCCCAUCCCAGUGGUCCAGCAUGUCGCAAUGUAACCACGCGCGCGAGUUCGCAGCGGCCUGCCCCAUCUGCCCAGACGCCUGCUUCGCGCCUCUAGUGCCCAUCGGCACUUGCAACGCUUGCUCGGCUGCGCGUCGUAGCUCCUAAACCAUUGAUAUUUUGUAUACCAAUGUCCUAAACUCUUCAAAUAAAACUAUCUUUAUAUCUUAUUGUUUCAUCGAAGGUCUUAAGGUGUAGAGUGCAUUGUAGUCCUAAACUCUUGUAAUAAAGCAUCAUUGAAUAGAUAA